GCCCUACCGCUAUAAAGGGAGGCUGCAGCCUGCGCCGGCGCUCUCUGCUCCUGCGUGCCCGCCGGUAGCCGUUCUUUUCUAUCUGCGCCAGGUGGAGAAGCAGCGCCAGCCGCGAUCCAGACACGAUGGUGAAGGUCGGAGUGAACGGAUUUGGCCGUAUUGGACGCCUGGUCACCAGGGCUGCUUUUAACUCUGGCAAAGUGGAUGUUGUGGCCAUCAAUGACCCCUUCAUUGACCUCAACUACAUGGUCUACAUGUUCCAGUAUGAUUCCACCCACGGCAAGUUCCAUGGCACCGUCAAGGCUGAGCACGGGAAGCUUGUCAUCAACGGCAAGGCCAUCACCAUCUUCCAAGAGCGAGAUCCCGCCAACAUCAAGUGGGGUGAUGCUGGCGCUGAAUACGUGGUGGAGUCCACUGGUGUCUUUACCACCAUGGAGAAGGCCGGGGCUCACUUGAAGGGUGGUGCCAAGAGGGUCAUCAUCUCUGCCCCUUCUGCCGAUGCCCCCAUGUUUGUGAUGGGUGUGAAUCAUGAGAAAUAUGACAACUCCCUCAAGAUUGUCAGCAAUGCUUCCUGCACCACCAACUGCUUAGCUCCGCUGGCCAAGGUCAUCCAUGACAACUUUGGCAUCGUGGAGGGACUCAUGACCACAGUCCACGCCAUCACUGCCACCCAGAAGACUGUGGACGGCCCCUCUGGGAAGCUGUGGCGUGACGGCCGUGGGGCUGCCCAGAACAUCAUCCCCGCGUCCACUGGCGCUGCUAAGGCUGUGGGCAAGGUCAUCCCGGAGCUGAACGGGAAACUCACGGGCAUGGCCUUCCGCGUGCCCACUCCCAACGUGUCAGUGGUGGAUCUGACCUGCCGCCUGGAGAAAGCGGCCAAAUACGAUGACAUCAAGAAGGUGGUAAAGCAGGCAUCAGAAGGCCCCCUCAAAGGCAUCCUGGGCUACACUGAGGACCAGGUUGUCUCCUGUGACUUCAACAGUGACACCCACUCUUCUACCUUUGACGCUGGGGCUGGCAUUGCCCUCAAUGACCACUUUGUCAAGCUGAUUUCCUGGUAUGACAAUGAGUUCGGCUACAGCAACAGGGUGGUGGACCUCAUGGUCCACAUGGCCUCCAAGGAGUAAGCGGCCCCCCACCACAGCCCAGCGAGACCAGAGGGAGAGGCCUUGCUGUAGAAGUCACUGCCCCACUCAGCCCCAACACUGAGAAUCUCCCCUCACAGCUUCCAUCCCAGGCCCCCUGGAGAAGGGGCGGGGCCUAGGGAGCCCUGGCUCAUUGCACACCACCAAUAAAGCCCACUGAACCCA